GGCGAAGCGAGGUGCGCAUGCUUGCGCCUAGAUAGCGGUUCGGAGAACCUAAGCGAACCCAGACCGAUUACAGCCCGGGAAGUCGGCCAAACGCACGAUCCCCACAUGUUCAACAGAUCCCACAGAUCUCGCAGCAGCAAGACCCCGGGUUUUGCAAACGAUCAGGAAAGGAAGGCGCCUGGUAUUCACCGGUCAUUGCUUGCCGAGCUAGGGUUCGCCAGCUCUGACUCGUCGACGGUACGGUCUGCAAGCCGUAGCACGUGGAGGACCGACCUGGAACGACCGACUUACGACUACGCCAGCAGCAUCGCUUCUGCACGCUCCUACGGCGCUCCGUCAUACGCGAAUAAGAGCCCCUCUAUUACGUCUGGAAACCUCGGUUCGCCGUCCUUGUCGGACCGAUCCAUCGCUUCAGUUGGAUUACGCGAGAACCGUUUGAGAUCCCCAUCGGCGGUGCAUAACACAAUGACUUCCGCAGAUCGAAGUCGCCCACGCCGAGAGCGUACCUUCGUUGGGAGCGAGUGCGCUGUCUGCGAGGAGCCUCUCGAACACACGCUUCGUGGUGAAAGGAUAUUGCAGUUCUCUUGCGCCCACGUAUCACACGAGGCAUGUUUCUACGAGUUCAUCCGAGACUUUGACGGACAGUAUUGCCCAACCUGCAAUGCCCCGCUGCAUCUAGAUACCAGCCGUGGAGGAAAUGUCCUGGACAUAGAGAAACUAAGUAGCAUGGUGCGCGCGGCCUCUGUGAAUGACACGCGGUCACAAGCUACGCCCACACCGACGCCAUCCCACUGGGACGACCAACAGGGCCGGCCACACAGCCGGGGCUCGGGGGCUCGCCCUGGCGCCGGGGUCCACGGUGUCAUGCGAGAGGGGCUGGCGAGAGGGGGCGCGCGUGACGGUCGCGAGAGCCGCGACGCCCCGUCAUCAGAGCACCGCUACCAUGGGCAGAGACACGUGCGGAGCGAUAGCGAGGCGACCGGCGUAGCCUCCUCGGGGGGAUACCCCGAGACGACGCAAAGCGGGCCGCCGCGACGGCACGACUACGACGUGCAAGCGAUGGAGACAUCGCUGUCCAGUCCGCGAUCCAUUACCCGAAAUCCCAUCCCGCCACCGACUGUGACAGUCCGCUCCGAGUUUCCCACAAUCAGCAGAUCACGGCAGCAGCAGACCCUCACCUGCCUCGUCACCGUUGAGGUACCUGAUAACAAAUGGAGGCCCGAUCCGGAAGACCUGCAAAUCGCACCACCACCCCCAGCAGCGCCGAAGCCGGAAGAAGCGAUACGUGCGCCAUCCCCUGCGCAGAGCGCCCCGCGAUUCUACCCUUAUGAGUCUCCCGAGGUGCUGGCUGAGAUGACGGAGAACCUACGAAACCGGGUUGAUAACUGGCAUGGCCUGGACUUCAGCAGGUUCGGGAAGCUCCGCCUAUACGGCACCCUCCGCGUGGGCAAAGACAAGGUCUCCUGGCAGGAGUUGGAGUGUUACCUGUUUGCGGAAAUGCUCAUCUGCGUCAAAGAGAAGAAGCAUGCCCACGCGCCGCAGGGGCAGUGGGGAGACGAUUCUGCCCCGCGCAAAACGACCCGCUGCACGUUGAAAGGCUCUAUCCUUAUCAAGAAACACCUCAACGAGGUGACAGAGACCGGCAGUGUUGACGAGAACAUCCUGACUCUCAGUCUGUCGGUUGCCGAACUGCCCCAGUUCCACCUCAGAUUCGAGAACCGUAACCAGCUCAAGUUAUGGCAGCAAGCCCUCCUUGAUCUCAACGCGGUUGAGACCUCGCCGGUACGCAGCCCAGACUACGACCGCGGGGAGUUCUCCGAACCGGAUGAGGACGAAUGGAACCGAACGUCUGGGUCCAGCAGGCCGCAGCGGGUGUCGUCGCUGGCUUCGUCGUGGGGAGGUGCCAAGUCUGCUACGACCGCUCCGACCGAGUACACAAACUUUACCCGGAGCCCGUUACUGCCGUCGAUUCACGUGCCCGUGGACGUCGUGGUGGUGGUACCCAUUUCGGCGUCCAUGCAGGGCGUGAAGAUCAACCUCGUUCGUGAUGCUCUCCGCUUCAUGGUGCAAGCUCUUGGAGAACGUGACCGCAUGGGCUUGGUGACGUUCGGGUCAUCGAAUGGUGGCGUUCCCAUCGUCGGAAUGACUACCAAGGCGUGGGCCGGCUGGAGCAACGUGCUCAGCUCGAUCAAGCCGGUUGGCCAGAAGAGCCACCGCGCAGACGUUGUCGAAGGCGCCAACGUGGCCAUGGAUCUGCUCAUGAACCGCAAGUACAACAAUCCCAUUGCUACGAUCAUGCUCAUCAGCGACGCGUCAACCUCCGACGCCGACAGCGUCGACUUCGUCGUGUCACGGGCAGAAGCGGCAAAAAUCACCAUCCACUCCUUUGGCCUGGGCAUGACCCACAAGCCGGAUACCAUGAUCGAGCUCUCAACGAGAACCAAGGCGUCAUAUACUUACGUCAAGGAUUGGAUGAUGCUCCGGGAGUGCCUUGCCGGCUGUCUCGGUGCCAUGCAGACGCUGUCACAUCAGAACGCCAAGCUCAAGCUCCGGCUACCGGAAGGCUCACCAGCUAAGUUCCACAAGAUCAGCGGCGCACUUCAGAUCACCAAACGGGCCACGGGCCGUGACGCGGAGGCAUCCCUUGGCGACCUCCGCUUCGGUGACAAGCGAGACGUUCUUGUGCAACUGGUGAUUAUGCCGGACACCUCGUCUCAGGAACAACUACCACAGGAUCCCUGGGACAACAUCGUGUCAGGGUUGGAAGCCCUGGGCGGUUCGGUGGACCAGGAUGAGCAAAGGGUGGCCUCAGUCGAGGAGGUGCCGCUGAUUCAAGCGGAGAUCACCUGGGGCGACAUCCUGCGGGACGGUACAUCGCAGCACACGCGGCCCAGCCUGCUGGCCAUCACCAUGCUCCCUGCCUCAAACUCGAAGAAGCCAUGGGGCAACAGCCCGCCAAUCCCUCCACACCCGCAUAUCGUGCAAAGGCGGAUGGAGCUUCUGACAUCCGACAUGCUGACCCGCGCAUUAACGCUGGUCAGCAGGGGACAGCACGACCGCGCGCACACGCUCCUGAACGAAACACGGUCCAUCCUCAAGGGGCUCGGCAAGGGUGGUCUUCCGCCCGUCCCUCCGGCUUCUUCCAACAAGUCGCAGCCGUCAACCCCCCACCCGGGCGCCGAGGGAUCGCCGUCUGUUGCGGGGACCCCAGACAGGAAGAACUCGCCCUCACCAACUUUGGCGAACCAAAGCUCGGGUGGUGCAGGGCUCCCGACGCCGUUGAUAUCACGCAGCCGGUCCAACGACGGGCUCGGCCUUGGCGGCAUGGGCGGCUCGACCGGCAUCGAUGCAACCACCGUCGCGGCGCUCGACGCAGAACUCGAAUCGAGCCUCGAAUGGAUCAACCACCCGGCCGUGUUUGGGCGCGACAGCCGCAAGGCGGUGCUGCAGGCCAUCGGCGUCAUCAGCUCGCAGCGCGCCUUCACGUUCCGCACGCCCAUCGAGAGCUUGUGGGCGGGUCGUAUCGCCGGCGUCAAGAGACUUACCGAGAAGAGCCGCGAGUGGAGAGAGGAAGGGGGCGGCGAAGGCGGGAUCGUGGAGGAAGCGUAAACAGGCGUUGGUCGGGUGGCCCAGAUAUCCCCCCCCCCCCCCCGCGGGUCCACGAUCCGGUCUGUCUUGUACGAUGAGGGAUUCCGGGCGACCCAUUCUCCUCACCAUCAUUUCCUCAUAUGGCCCGCGGCAGGCAAGACGUGCAGUGUCUCCAAUUG